UAAACGGGAUAAGAGUUCAAGAGAGUAGGCCUAGUGCGCGUCAUUCAAAAGCUCCACCUUUAAAUCAGACCUAGAGGGUCGAUCCGCCGCUGUUUCUGGGACGAUAAAAUGCUAAAGUAAGAGUGAGUGUGCAGUUUUUCAUUGUUUGUGUUUCUUUUGGAUUAUGCGUUCGCCUGGAUUUGGUCUAUCGAGAAAUGAAAGAGGACGGGGAUUUGUGUACAUCGAGACAAAUGUGUCGGUUGGAAUGAUCGACUGAUGAGUGUAGACGGGACGAGAGGAUGAAGCCAGGCGCGUUUAUUCCGGUCUCUGCAGCCGCCUGUUUCCUCGUCGGCUCCACCACUUUAUUCUUCGUCUUCACGUGCCCGUGGCUGGCCCGGACUAUUUCCCCUGCCUUGCCGCCAUGCUGUGCCAUCCUCUUCGUCUUUGUUCUGGCCAACUUCUCCAUGGCAACCUUCAUGGAUGCGGGCAUACUCCCAAUGGCCGACGAGGACGAGGACAAGGACGACGACUUCCGCGCGCCGCUGUACAAGAACGCGGACGUGAACGGCGUGCAGGUGCGCAUGAAGUGGUGCGCGUCCUGCCACUUCUACCGUCCUCCGCGCUGCUCGCACUGCAGCGUCUGCGACCACUGCGUGGAGGACUUUGACCACCACUGCCCCUGGGUGAACAACUGCAUCGGCCGCCGCAACUACCGCUACUUCUUCCUGUUCCUGCUGUCUCUGACCGUUCACAUGGUGGGCGUGUUCUCCUCGGGCCUCCUCUACGUCCUCGCCCACCGGGAAGACCUGCAGGAGCUGCACUGCGUCGUCACUCUGGUGGCGGUGAGCAUCUCGGGCCUGUUCCUGCUCCCCGUGCUGGGCCUGACGGGCUUCCACCUCUUCCUGGUGUCCAGAGGACGCACCACCAACGAGCAGGUCACCGGCAAGUUCCAAGGCGGGGUGAACCCUUUUACACAAGGCUGCUGCAGCAACCUGGAAUACCUGGUCUGCAGUCCCAUCACUCCCCAGUACACAUCCAGGCCUUGCAAGAAAAGUAACAUCCACGUUCGCCCUCCGUUUGUGAGGCCCGGGAUGGACCUACAGAUGCCAGUUAAAGUCCGGGAUAAUGGCAUCCAAGGCCACAAUGUCCAAAUCAAACGUUACUCAGGAUUGGUUCUGGAGGAAGCGGCCUCUGAUCGGAUCACCACUGCGCCCUCGCUGCUCGCCAAACCCGACCACGGUCCGCUGAAGAGCCACCUGGAUGGCAGACGGACAGCUGAGACGGGACACCACACCAAGACCAUGAUCCCCGUGUCCAUCCCCACCGUGCCCCAGCUGAGGCCGGUUCUGGAGGCGGUCUCCAGGGGGUCCUCGCCCAUCUCUCCUGAGCAGCUGGCUCAGACCGCCGGACCCCCUGACCGGACCCUGAGGGCCCCCAAACCCUCCCCCACGGGCUCUAAGACCAGUCCGGGCCGGUCCGUCUACCAGGAGCUCCAGCCCCUCUUCCAAACCCCCGGCGGCGGCGGCGGCGGCGGCGGCGGCCCCAGCUCCCUGAACACCCUGGCGCUCAACUCCCGCUCCCUCACCCUCAAACACGGCUCCCGCCACGGCCCCCAGGCCCCGCCCUCGCCGGCCACGCCCUCCGACGCCCUCCCGUUCCCCGCCCCGUCCGGCCCGCUGUCCGGCCGCAGCGUGAGCCUCUCCUACGACAACCUGCCGCACCAGGGGGACUCCCAGUGGCUGGCCCAGCGGGGGAUCCCCUCCAUGAGCUACCACCCCCACUUCAUGACCCUGGCGGCCGAGGGCUGCCUGGCGCAGGCGCAGGGGGCCCCCCCCGCCACGCCGCGGCUCACCUACAGCCCCGUGUUCGCCGGGACCCCCGGACGCUCCCCGCAGCCCCGGGACCCCUCGCCCUCCCUCAAGGGGCUGUCGUCGCGGGAACCGUCUCCCUCCAUGCAGGGGCUGGCGCCCAGAGAGCACUCGCCCUCCUACCAUCACCCCGGGGGGGUCGCGGCGGCGGCGGCCGGGUCCCCCGCGGCGGGGACGGGCCCCCGGGACCCCGCCCCCCAGGCGCUGACGCCGCUGCGGUCGGCGGCGGCGCGCUACGACAACCUCUCCAAGACCAUCAUGGCGUCCAUCCAGGAGCGGCGGGAGCUGGAGGAGAGGGAGCGGAUGUUGCGCACGCAGUCCGCCCGCAGCCAGGGCGCCCACCCCCACGACCCGGGGCUCUACGGCGCCGACCUGGGGGUCUACGACAUCCCCAGCAGGCGCAGCCUCCCGCCCGCCGUGGGCGGCGAUAGCGACGACGGCGGCGGCGGCAGACCCCCCGCCGGCCCCUCGGCCCGGGGCCCCACCCCGCCGGCCUACGGCUCCCGGGAGUUCCUGAUGAGCACGGGGAUCCUGGGCUACGGGCUGACGCGCGGCGGGCCCCUGUCCAGCUCCUCCACCUCGUCCCUCACGCGGGGCCCCAAGACCUCCAGCUCCCCGCUGCAGAGCAGCAGCAGCUCCAGCCUGCAGAGCAAGGGCCGCUCCUCCUCGCCGCACUACGGCGGCGGCGGGGGCCCCGAGAGACGGACCCCGCCCUUCCACCCCUCCUCCACCUCCACGCUGCCCCGGAACCUGUCCUCCUCCACCGGCUCCUCCGCCUCCUCCACCUCAAACUACGCGUCGCACUACGGCACCACCAAGCGCUCCUCGCUCAGCUUCAACCCAGACGGCGGGAAGGACCCGGGCUCCAUGAAGUAGAUGAUUAAAACCGGUUUUAUGUUUCCUUAUCUCCCAGUGAUGAAGGGAUGAUUAAUGGCCAGGGUGUUAAACGACACAGCUAUGCAAAGCGAGUCUCGAUUCGCCAUUCUACAGAGAAGUAAAGUAAUAAUGUUUAUGACGAUCGUAAUAAUAGUAUUCCGGAGUGGGGUGGUGGUGGGGGGUUGUUGUGUGAGGAAGGUGAAUUCAGGAUACACAUUCUUCUUGUUCUUGUGUGAAUGUUUUUUUCAGUGACUCCUGAGCCCUGACAAGGCUGCAGUUUGUGUGUGUUUGUGUGUGUGUGUGUGUGUGUGUGUGUGUGUGUGUGUGUGUGUGUGUGUGUGUGUGUGUGUGUGUGUGUGUGUGUGUGUGUGUGUGUGUGUGUGUGUGUGUGUGUGUGUGUGUGUGUGUGUGUUGAAUGACAAGUGAUGGUGACUUGGUGAGGGAAAACGCUACAUUCAAAACAAGAUAUUCUCAGGAUAGUUGAAGCUCUCUGAGAGAAGUCACUUGAUGGAAGAGAGAUACUGUGUACACGACCUAACCUGUUCGUUUUUAUGUGUUUUGAUAGGAAUUUUGUGGAACAAUGUUACAAUCAUAUUAUUUAUACUGUUUGCCUGUCGAUGAAACACUCUGUUUGGUAAUAUUUUGUAGUGGUUUGGAUUAAUAAAAGCAAUAAAAUUUUAGAUAAAACAAA